CACGCUCCAAGGCAGGCUAAGGAAUUUUAGCCCAUGGCAGCCACUCUUUUAAUUUGCCUAUUUGAUAAUUGAAUUUAAAGCGAGGCAAAGCCAGAAAGUAGCGGGAAAAUUAAAAAACCCAACCCCAUUUUAAUUCUCUUUCUUCUCCUUUGCAACCAAAAAGCAGGAAAAAGAAGGGAGAGAAAAGAAAAUGGAAGAAUCGAAAUCCAAAGAGAAAAUUUGUUGGAGAAAAGAAGUAGAUCAGAACUUAAAGCGGCUCCAAUCACUGCUCUUCGGCGCCGAGCUCUGUCUCGAGAAGCGGGAAUUCCCGGAGGCUCAGCUCCUCUUGCUUCGGCUUCUCGGCUUCCUCGAUUCCUUCUCUCACUCCGAAGUCGAUCGGACCUUCACACGUCCCAUUCGUGACGACGUUGUCUCUAAGCUCGACUCGGCUCGCCGUGCCCUGGUCCAAGAAUCUGAUCGCCGAGCAUUUGAGCAAGCAGGUAAAGCUCCUGGUUGUGUUUUUGGGAUGAAAGGAGGUAUUGAUAUCGACAAAAUCAAGCAAUCAAAGUAUUUCUGUACGCAGCUUCAGCAAUCUAAGGGAAAGGUUCUAAAUGAAUUGGGAGGACAACAAGAUAAGUUUAUUAACAAGCCGUCUAAAGCUAUGACACAGGCCAAGUUGACAUCUCUGUAUGGAAACAAAAUUACAAGAGCAAAUAAUUGCUCAUACAAAAGUUCUUUGGACUCCAAAAAUAGCAGUUCCAAAGAUUGUUUUAUAGUGGAAAAUGGCCAUUCUUAUCACAACUUUCCUAGGGGACAUAGUGUUUCAAACUUUGCCAAAGUUGAAGAGGAAGAAAGAGUACAUGGAAAUAGCUUUGGGACAAAGCGUGCAUAUAAAGAAAUCUGUAGCCCCAGAAACAACACUGCAAGGUCACCGCCAAGCAAUGAAGAAUUUAAUGCUGAUAUUUCGGGGAAUGCGUUUGUAACAGCAAGAGCAAAACUGGAAAUGGAUGUGAGACAAAAACGAGGGCUGGCUGGUUCUCCAAGUGCUUCUGUCUCCCCACAGAAUGAUACCAAUUUCAGUUCUAGAGGUUAUGGUACAAAAUCCUAUGGGGUUUCGCGACGUGGAGUUCGUGGUAAUUUUGUACCCCCCAUAAGAUCUAAUGGUGGCAGCAUUGGAAAUGUGACAUCACGGAUUGGUGGAAAGAGUGAUGAUGCAUUAGAUGACUCAACAAGGACAUGCUUGGAACUUCUUUGUGGUCCUGAUGGUGAACUUCCAGAAAAACUAAGGAAUUUGGAACCUCUCCUUAUAGAGCACGUCAGCAAUGAGAUCAUGGAUCGAGACCCAAACGUCCGAUGGGAAGAUAUUGCCGGCUUGGAGCAUGCCAAAAAAUGUGUGACAGAGAUGGUAAUAUGGCCUUUAUUACGUCCCGACAUAUUUAGAGGCUGUCGCUCUCCUGGAAGAGGUCUUCUUCUCUUCGGUCCCCCGGGAACAGGCAAAACAAUGAUUGGAAAAGCUAUAGCUGGUGAAGCAAAAGCCACAUUUUUCUACAUAUCUGCUAGUUCAUUGACAAGCAAGUGGAUUGGAGAGGGUGAAAAGCUAGUGAGGGCGCUUUUUGGAGUGGCUAGUUGUCGUCAGCCGGCUGUUAUUUUUGUUGAUGAAAUAGAUUCACUUCUAUCUCAGCGUAAGUCAGAAGGUGAGCAUGAAUCAAGUAGAAGGCUCAAGACACAGUUCCUCAUUGAAAUGGAAGGCUUUGAUAGUGGCAGUGAGCAGAUUCUUCUUAUAGGAGCAACAAAUAGACCUCAGGAACUAGAUGAAGCAGCAAGGAGACGACUUACCAAGAGACUCUACAUUCCCCUUCCUUCAUCAGAAGCAAGAGCCUGGAUUGUUCGUAGUCUGUUGGAGAAGGAUGGACUGUUCAAGCUCUCAGAAGAGGACAUCAGUGCCAUAUGCAGGUUAACUAAAGGCUACUCAGGAUCUGAUAUGAAAAACUUAGUAAAAGAUGCAUCUAUGGGACCUCUUAGAGAGGCUCUAAGACAAGGCAUAGAAAUUACACAGCUGAAGAGAGAGGAUAUGCGGCCUGUAACCCUUCAGGAUUUCGAGAAUGCAUUACAAGAGGUAAGGCCCUCAGUUUCUAUGAACGAAUUAGGUACAUAUGAAGAAUGGAACAAACAAUUUGGAAGCUUAUCGCUCUAAUGCUUGAACAAGGAAACAAAAGAAAACGGAGAAUGUUUGGCAGAAAAAGAACUACGAUAGUAAUUUCCAUUAAUUUCCAGUUAAUUUCCAUUAACUCGAAAAUAAAUCAUCCUAGAUUUGCAGCAUUGGUUCGUUUUCUCGUUUCUUUGUGUCAAAACAAGAAGAGUGAAAUAAACCUCAAUCUAGUUAAAGCAAGAGCUUGAGUUAUAA